AUGGGCCGAUUCGCACCGCUGUUGAUUGGCGCCCUGAGCGCGCUACAGAUGCUCAGUGUUGCUGCCCAGAGCGCAGACUGUAUCCCCCAAUGCUCGGCCACUACCAGAAGCCAGUUCACCAAGUUCGCUUGCGUGAAUGCUGAUGAUGCUGGUUGUCUGUGCGCCAAAGCAGACUUCUUCUAUGGCGUCCGCGACUGCGCCGUUGCCUGCGGUGCCACGGAGCCCAACGUACGCCAGGCACUCAUUGGUGGUUUCUGUCCCGGUCUGACGUUCGGCGCGACGACAGCGCCGGCCGCCCCUUCGACCACUGCAGCGCCAACUACACCAACGCCGACGCCCACCCCCGAGGCUACGACUCCGGCCACCACGACGACUUCGACAACUAGCUCCACCUCUACCUCGGCGUCUUCUGCCUCUGAGACUGCGCAGCAAACAUCGACGUCAGCAUCAGUGAGCACUACGGCAUCUGCUACGGCCGAGUCUACUUCCACCGCCUCUUCAACUCAAACAUCCGCGCCAUCGACGACUGAUGCUGGCAUCCCGGCCAGCGCAACCUCGUCGCAAGCGGCUGCGGGCGGUUCUUCGAAUUCGGGCUUGUCUCAGGCUGCUGUCAUCGGUAUCGGCGUCGGCAUUGGAGCUGCCGUCAUUGCCAUCGCGGGCAUUGUCAUUUGCCUUCUUCUUCGCAACCGGAAGCGCCGACCCAGCCAGCAUCCGCAUUUCGAGAUCUCAAAGCCGCUCCCCGGGGCGGGCAGGACAUAUGCCAGCCCCGACCACGGGUCUUUCGAGAAGUAUCACAACGACAUUGAGCUGUCCUCCAACCGGUACGAGGACAUGGUGCCGCGUACGCAACCGCGAACGAUGGUGUGA